GGGCGGGGGGCGGCGAUGGCGACGGCGGAGGCGGCGGAGGGGCCGCUGAUGCGGCGCUACGAGGGGGCAGCACGGGGCCGCGGCGUGGCGGCGGCCGGCUGGCGCGUCUGCUUGGCACAUAGCUUCGAGGAGCUGCGGCAGCCCUACGGCGCCGGGGACGUGCCGCUCCGCGAUGUCCUGCGGCACGUCGGCCUCGGCUUGCGAUACUUCAGGUGGUGGUUCAAGAAGACCCGCAUAGAGAAGAAAUCUGCCUUCAUUGACCUCUUGUGUGCUGUUCCUCUGCAGCAGAUCUAUGGUUGUCCACUGGGCGGGAUUGGAGGAGGCACCAUCACCCGUGGCUGGCGGGGAGAGUUCUGCCGCUGGCAGCUGAACCCUGGCCUUUACCACUACGAAACGGUCAUUGCCAACCAGUUCACGGUGUGCCUGCGGUGCAAGGGGCAGACKAUUUACCAGCAGGUCUUGUCCGUGGAGAGACCCAGUGCCCUGCAGGGCUGGAACUGGGGCUACUGYGGCCACUACGCCUUUUACCAUGCCCUGUACCCCCGAGCCUGGCUGGUCUACGAGCUGCCGGGGCAGAACGUGGUGCUCACUUGCCGGCAGGUCUCUCCCGUCAUCCCCCAUGACUAUAAGGACUCCAGCCUGCCAGUGGGAGUGUUCAUCUGGGAAGUGGAGAACGAGAGGGAUGAGGACGUGGAAGUGUCCAUCAUGUUCACCCUGCAGAAUGGCAUAGGAGCGAAGGAGGACAGGAGCGGAGGGCACUGGAAUGAGCCCUUCACCUUCCACAAGGAUGRCGAGCGCGUUGCKGGAGUCCUGCUGCACCACUGCCCGGCUGUGAACCCCUUCACCCUGGCCAUCUCUGCCCGGGAGAAGGCUGGCACAGGAGUCACCCAUCUCACAGCAUUCAAUCCCACGGGAUUGGGUAUAGAGGUGUGGCAGGACCUCCUGCGGGAUGGCAGGCUGGAUUCACCCACCGGUAAAAGCAGCCCGACAGAGAAGGGAGAGGUGACGGCAGCAGCAGUGUGUGCCAGCUGCAAGGUGCCUGCCCAUGGGCACAAUACGCUUGAAUUUGCCCUGGUUUGGGAUAUGCCCUGUGUUCACUUUGGCUCCAAGGAGAAGUUGCACCUCAGGAGGUACACGCGAUUUUUUGGCAGCGAAGGCAAUGCUGCACCUGCCCUGUCCCAUUACGCUCUGACACACUACAAGGAGUGGGAGAGGAAGAUCGAAGCAUGGCAGAAUCCCAUACUGGAGAACAGCCAGCUGCCUUCCUGGUACAAGUCAGCCCUUUUCAAUGAGCUCUACUUCAUGACGGAUGGGGGGACCGUGUGGAUGGAGGUGCCCCCGGAUUGCUGUGCUGAGGACCUGCAGGGGCCAGCAGGGGCUGGACUCUCACAUCUCGUCCCUGUCCUGCGGGAAUACGGAAGGUUUGCUUAUUUGGAAGGCCAGGAGUACCGGAUGUACAACACCUAUGAUGUCCAUUUCUACGCAUCCUUUGCUCUCGUCAUGCUGUGGCCCAAGCUGCAGAUCAGCCUGCAGUAUGACAUUGCUGUCACUGUGGUCAAUGAGGAUGUCCAGCCCCGGCAGUACCUGAUGGGUGGUCAGACAGCCCAGGUGAAGAUGAAGAAUGUGGUGCCACAUGACAUUGGGGACCCAGGUGACGAGCCAUGGCAGCGUGUCAAUGCCUACCUGAUGCACGACACGGCUGACUGGAAGGACCUCAACCUGAAGUUUGUGCUGCAGGUGUACCGUGACUACUGCCUGACACAAGACUCCCUGUACCUGCAGGACAUGUGGCCAGUGUGCCAGGCUGUGAUGGAGUCAGAGCUGAAGUUUGACACGGAUAAUGAUGGGCUCAUUGAAAACGGUGGCUUUGCUGACCAGACAUAUGAUGCGUGGGUGGUGCAUGGAGCCAGUGCCUACUGUGGCGGGCUGUGGCUGGCUGCCGUCUGCAUGAUGUGCAAGAUGGCAGAGGUGCUUGGGGAUCCUGAGGUCCGGCAGAAAUACCUGGACAUCCUGAACAAGGGCAAGGAGGCGUUUGAGAGGAUGCUCUGGAACGGAAAAUACUACAACUAUGACAGCAGUGGAAGUGACACCUCCAGCAGCAUCAUGUCAGACCAGUGUGCUGGGCAGUGGUUUCUCGGAGCUUGUGGUCUGGACCAAGGGGAAUUGGAGGUUUUCCCCAAGAGCCACAUUCUCAGCGCACUCAAGACCAUCUUUGAGAAGAAYGUGCUGAGCUUUGCAGGUGGCACCAUGGGAGCAGUGAAUGGCAUGAGACCCGACGGCGUGCCUGACACCUCCAGCGUCCAGUCCAACGAGGUGUGGAUCGGCGUGGUCUAUGCCCUGGCUGCCACCAUGAUCCAGGAGGGGCUGGUGGAGGAAGGCUUCCGUACGGCGGAGGGCUGCUACAGAACAGUUUGGGAACGGCUGGGCAUGGCUUUCCAGACCCCCGAGGCCUAUCGGGAGAAGAAGGUGUACCGCUCGCUGGCCUACAUGCGGCCCCUCAGCAUCUGGAGCAUGCAGCUGGCCCUGGAGCGCCGGGCUGGCCAGGCACCUGCACCUGCACAGCCCCCCCAGGGCCCCACCCAACCUUGAGCCUCGUGGCACCGGGCAGGGCACGGGGUGCAUCAGGGGCGGGGGGACUGCAGAUGGCAGGCAGGGAUCCUUCCCUCCCGCUCUGUGCUAGUACUCACAUUGCUGUUUUCCUUCCCUACCUCCACUACAUGCCCUUGACCUCAGGGGGCUUUCAGCCGCUGAUGCUGAGCACAAGGGGGGACCAGAGGUACGGGGAAUGUCUCCUCAGAGGGGGAUAGGUUAAGGAGUUGCUGCUGGAGCCUGUGCCUCCCCUUCCCCAUCGCUCAGGGCUGUUGUAGCCUGCCUGUUCCCCAGCCAUCCCAAAGUGCAGGUGGUACCUUGUCCCAAGGCACAGGAGACCUSUCUCCUGCCGUCAYUGGGCUGGGUAAAGUGGGGACCUGCCCUGCAGGAAAACCAAGGGUGUGGGUGAAUGUGUGUGUGAGGAUCUUGGACUGGUGCACUCAGGCACACGGAUGCUGUAGUUGUCCUGGGGUGACACUGCACAUACUGACUGGCUCUGCCCCAGGAAGGCCUGUGGCAGAUACAAUCCAGAUACAAUCCCCAGGGGAGACCCGGCCCCCUGGAUGGUGACAAUCUGAGCCCAAGAAGCAGGUCCUGGUCUGGUACCAUGGCCCCCCUCCCUGCUGGCGCCGGGGGCAAGCAGUGGAGCACAUUGAAGGGGAUAAAUCACUUCAGUUCUUAAUAAAUCUGUCCACCUGUCUA